UAAAUCGAGACAUACUUUUGUCGCUUCUAAGGUGCGAUAUAAUAAACAAGCGCGUGUUUAGGUGAGAAGCUUUCUCCUGCUGGCUUCAAUCGUUCGGCCGCUUUGUAGUUUAAAGCAUAGAUUAGACGUUAUUACUUCAAAUUUGUUCUAGGCGAAGCUGAGCUAAUGCCGACAUGAGAAAAUUUAUGUAUUUUUUUACCAUUGGUAUAGCGUCAUUUUUUCGAAAAUAAUUCACAGCUAUUUUUGUUUCGUCCUAUUCAGUCUUAUUUUUACCUACCUAGCUAACGUUUUGUGCCAGAGCAGACAUUGUCUUACUUACCAUUGAGUAAAAGCCACAAGACUACUAUACCAAAGAAUAUUUUCGAUAUCGGGAAUUUUGAGGAAUUUAGCAGACUACGAUGGCGUAUAUUAUCAGCACAAUCUGUGAUUAUCGACCGAGAGUCAUUGUUAAACUUAUCGUCGUCUUACUGAUAGCAGGAGCACGAUCUGAAUGGUGGGAAUUGGGGUCGAAUAAGAAGUCUCUGAAUCGAGCCGCUGAUGAAAGUAUUCCUUGUAGUGAAAUGCGAAGUUUGUCCCGCAGUCAGCGGACAUUGUGUGAAAGAUACCGAGAUCACAUCGAAUUCGUGAGCGAAGGAGCAAAAGAAGGAAUUGAUGAAUGUCAAUGGCAGUUUAGAGCAAACAGAUGGAAUUGUACGACCGCCGAAAACAAGAAACGAAAUGUUGAUCUCAACACUAGCACAUUGUUCGGGAAAGUGAUUGAUAUAGGAAGUCGAGAAACAGCUUUUACCUACGCCAUAUCCGCCGCAGGGGUCGUCCACAAGAUUGCCAGGGCAUGCAAAGAAGGAAAACUCGAAGCUUGUGGCUGCAGUAAUCAGGCAAGACCAAAGGGCCUUGGCGCAAUGUGGGAAUGGGGAGGAUGCGGAGACAACACCGACUACGCAUAUGGAUUCGCAAGAGAAUUCAUUGAUGCUAGAGAAAGAGACGUACAAUCACCACGAAGCCCAGAGUCACGUGCCAAAAAAGCUAUGAACAUCCAUAAUAACGAAGUUGGAAGAUUGGCUGUUGUCAGAGCAGCGCGCCCAACCUGCAAGUGCCAUGGGGUCUCAGGAUCGUGUAGUCUGAACACCUGCUGGCUUCAAGUUCCUGGUUUUCGUGAAAUUGGCGAAAAGUUAGAGGAAAAACACAACAAUGCAAUUGAAGUCAAGGUCACCAAGCGUGGGGAAUUAAGGAAAAGAAAGAGAAGUAGUCCAGAUGUUGGAAUGAUGGAUCUCGUCUAUCUUGAUUCCUCUCCCGAUUAUUGCAGCCCCAACCCUCGAACGGGGGUUCUCGGUACGAAAGGUCGUGAAUGCAAUAAAGAUUCAUUUGGAAAAGAUGGAUGCGGGUUUCUAUGCUGUGGAAGAGGUUACGAUUCAUUCACAGUAGAAAUAGUUGAAAGAUGUAACUGUAAAUUUCAGUGGUGCUGCGUUGUUAAAUGCCAGAAAUGUAAGAAACGUGUUUUGAAACAUAUUUGCCGAUGAUCUUGCAAUAUUGAUUAAAUCCACAAAGUGGAACAACAUCAACUUGCUUGAAUAUGCAAUUGAAACGACGUUUCUGCCACAGAAUGAAAUACGAUGCAGGGCGCGCAUUCCGAUGAUCAAAAAUCAAGGACAAAGUGCGUUUCGGUUGAUGCAUAAACUCUACAUAGGAAGCCCAACAAUCCGUACUUAUUAUUAUAUAUUAAGUGCGAAUGGAACACCUCUCGGACGAAUAUAAUAAGUCUGACUAAACCAGUUUUAUUCGUAAAUAUUUUGUAGAAUGCAGAAUCCGUAAUAGCAUUAUUAAUAUGCGUAAUACUAUAGAAAUGUUCUCAAAGAGCUGCAUUUCAACUACACCACAUUCGUGACUGAUUGAUAAUUUGCUGCCAAUAAACUGGUUAUGUUAUUUUUAUAUAACUUAAUAUGUUUUUGUAUAUUUUUAUGCUGACACUGUGAUCGAAAUUUUCCAACAAUAAAUAUCAAACUAUU